GGUAAAAUAUAAUGUUUAGAAAACAUCUACUUAGUAGAGGCCUGCAUAGGGUACGCUACACUUCACCAUGCAGCCUGCCAGUUCCUUGCGCGCAACGGUGGGAUUUACGUCUCGCACGAGCACGAAUUUUUAACGAAUAUAUCGAAGAAAGCGCACCCGGAUCUUGGCAGCUGGAAGAUGAGCGUCACAUGUCGCCAGAGUUCAACACCUUUACGGGAUACCCCAUGCGUGAGAUGCGGCCGGGAUACGGGCAAAAUUUGCCAGAUUUUAUUAUGAAGAAGAGACUUCCCAAUAACACUCAUUAUGAGCUCUUUGCUCGACGUGACAUUCCUAACGAAGACAACGCAAUGUAUGGUAAGCUGCUAUAUGAUUUGACAGUGCAUGGGACCUCUUUGCCAUCAACAUACCGUAUGCACAAAGACAUCAACAAGGCUCAGCGAAAUGAUAGGAAGCUUACUGGUAAUAGAUUUAAGGUUCUAAACUCUAGCGGCUCAAAGAACCCUCCUUCAGGAUUCACACCAAUACCAGAUACUACAGAGGAAGAUGAUGGCUAA